AUGGAUUCCGUCAUGGCGUUCACGGCUGGAUCGCUGAAAAAUCUCAAAGUGCUGCAUGUAGAUCAUAAUCCAUUGAAGAAGGUAUGUGGAAUGGCGGCUUGUCGCCGAGGAAUAUGGUUGGGUGAUGCAAUCAAUCUGCAAGAGUUGUCAUUAUCUUUUGCUAAUCUGUCCAUAUUGGAGAACAACGCAAUGGAGAAUCUGACGAGUUUGAAAUACUUGGAUAUAUCGAAUAAUGAAUUAUCGAAAAUUCCUGAAUGGUCCUUCAAAAAUCUGAUCAGUCUCCUGGUCCUCAAAUUGGAUGGCAAUGCAUUGACAGAUAUUCCAGAUCUAGGUAAUUUGGAAAAAUUGGAAGAAUUGAAUUUGAGUUGCAACGCACUUCAUGAUAUCACUCAGCAAACUUUCUGCAAGUUGAUAAAUUUGAAACAUCUUGAUUUGUCGCACAAUGAGAUCACUGAGAUGCCAUCUGGGGUCUUCGAUAUGCUGGCGUCAUUGGCAACAUUAGAUCUCUCGUGGAACAAGCUCAUAAAACUUCCGCAAUAUUUGUUCGUUGCAAGAAGUGACCGAGGGUUCGUCGGAAAUUCGAUGAACUUGGAACGCCUGAAUCUAUCGCAUAAUGAAUUAUCAGAAAUUCCUCAGCGAGUUUUCCAAAAUCUGACGAGUCUGGUGGUUCUCAAAUUGGACAAUAAUAAGUUGCUAGAUAUUCCGGAUUUAUGCAAUUUGAAAAAAUUGAGGGAAGUAAAUUUGAGUGGCAAUGCAUUUUACGAUAUCAAUCAGCAAACCUUCUGUAACUUGACAAAUUUGAAAUAUAUUGAUUUGUCGCAUAACGAGAUAGCUGACAUAAGACAUGGAGUCUUUGAUACGCUGGCGCCAUUAACAACAUUGGACCUUUCGUGGAACAAGAUCAAAAAACUUCGGCGAAAUUGGUUUAACCCCGGAAGUGACCAAGUGCCUGUUGAACAUCCGAUGAAUCUUGAAUACCUGGAUUUAUCAAAUAACAAUAUGCGGAAAAUUCCUCGGUGGGCUUUCCAAAAUGUGACGAGCCUCGUGAUUCUCAAACUCAAUAAUAAUGUAUUGAAAGAUAUUCCAAAUUUAUGCAGCUUAAAAAAAAUGGAAGAAUUCAAUUUCAGUCAUAAUGAUCUUCAAAAUAUCUCUCAGAACACCUUUUGUGACUUGCUAAAUUUGAGACAUAUUGAUUUGGCGCAUAAUCAGAUCAAUAAGAUAACACCUGAAGUCGUCGAUAUACAGAGAGUAUCAAGAAGUGAUCAAACGCCUUUCGCGAAUCUGACAAACUUGGAAUAUCUAGAUAUAUCGAAUAACAACUUAUCGAGAAUUCCUCGGCAAGCAUUUGAAAAUCUGACGAGCCUCUUGAUUCUCAAAUUGGGUAAUAAUGAAUUGAAAAAUAUUCCACGUCUAUGCCAUUUGAGAAAAUUGGAAAAAUUGAAUUUGAGUGGCAAUGCACUUCAUGAUAUCAGUCAGCGGACCUUCUGUAACUCGACAAAUUUGACACAUAUUGAUUUUUCGCAUAACGAGAUCGCCGAGAUAAUACCUGGAGUCUUUGAUAAGCUGUCGUCAUUAACAACAUUGGAUCUCUCGUGGAAUAAACUCAUAAAUGUUACAAAAGUCGGCGAUUCCGGAGCUCUUCAACAUCUGAAAUACUUGAAUUUGGCUGGGAACGUGCUGCCGGUCAAUCUUUUAUCGUUUUUCACAUCUCCAUCUGUAGAAACUCUGGUUCUCGAUGAAACCAUUGCUGGAAUUCAGCUCCCCCGAAAUACAUCUGCGGACGACGUAAGUAUAAUUUUGGAAAAUUCACCUUACAUUCCCACCAUGCAGUCUCAGUCAAUGGAAAGAACAAAUAUUACCUACGCCCUGAAAAUUGAACAGAAAUUUCCACAACUCAGACACUUAUAUUUACGCAAAAAUAAUUUGGAAUCAAUGUGGAUUCCGUCAUGGUCAGACAUUCUUCCCAAAAUCACUCAUCUUUAUUUGAGCAACAACAACCUUACAUCCACAAGUUUUUUAUCGACAUUUCCAGAGACACUGACUCAUUUAUAUCUUGAUAAAAAUCGUCUGCAGACGUUUAUGACUGGAUGGCUGAUGAAUCUCAGAGUGCUCCACCUAGAUCAUAAUUCAUUGGGCCAAGUGUGUGCUAGCGAAUUUUGUACUCAAGGAGUACAGUUGAGGACGGCAACUCAUCUGCAGGAGUUAUCAAUAUCUUUUGCCAACAUAUCCAAAUUGGGAAUAGACUCAAUGGAUAAUCAGAUAUAUCUGGAAUAUUUGAAUUUAUCGAACAAUAACAUAUCGAGAAUUUUGCAGAGGGUUUUCAAAUAUGUAGAGAGUCUAAAGAUUCUCAAAUUGGACUAUAAUGUACUGACAGAGAUUCCAAUUCUAAGCACUUUGAAAAAAUUGGAAACAUUGAAUUUGAGUUGCAAUGCAAUCCAUAAUGUCGGUCAGAAAAUUUUCAUCGACUUGCCAAAUUUAAAACAUAUUGAUUUGUCAUACAAUAAGAUCACACACAUAAAACCUGAAGCCUUCGACAUGCUGCCCUCAUUAACAACAUUGAAUAUCUCGUCGAACCAGCUCACUGAACUUCCCUCAUAUUGGAUUUUUCCAAGAAUUCAACGAGGGCCUAGUGAAAAUUCAGUGGACUUGAAAAAUCCAGACACAUCGAAUGUGUCCACAGAAAUUCCUUUUGGCCUGAAGGUUCUCAAUUUGGCGAAUAAUUCAUUCACGGAUAUCCCUGAUUUACGCAAUUUCAAGAAGUUGGAAGAAUUAGAUGUGAGUCACAACGCACUUCGGAAUAUCAUUCAGCAAACUUUUCGCAACUUGACACAUUUGAGACAUGUUAAUUUGUCUCAUAAUGGGAUAGCUGCGAUAAGACUUGAAGUUUUUGAGAUGCUACCGUCAUUAACAACACUGGAUUUAUCAUGGAACAGAUACAAAAAAUGGCUAUCAUCGCAGGUGUCCUCGAAAAUUCGUCUUGCUCUCAAGGUUCUCAAAUUGGAGCAUAAUGGAUUGAUGGCUAUUCCCGAUCUAUGCCAUUUCGACAAUUUGGAAGAAUUAGAUUUGAGUCACAAUGCAGUACAGAGUAUCCGUCAGCAAAACUUCUGUAACUUGAAACAUUUGAAACAUAUUGAUUUGUCAAAUAAUAAGAUAGUUGAGAUAAAGAGUGACAUCUUCGAGAUGCUGCCGUCAUUAAGAACAGUGGAUGUAUCAUGGAACAAGCUCAGAAAAAUAGUACCCCGGCAAUUUGCUCAAAGAAGGUCCAAUUCGCUCGAUGUAUCUAUCAAGCUUAGAGAAAAAUUCUUGUCAAGUUUAAACAUUUUUCGACCCAAAUUUAUUCUCAAUAAUGUAACAAAUUGA